UUUACUGAUUUUAUCAUCAUCAUCAUCAUCAUUCACUGUCUACCAACUCUUUUUUUAAUGGUUAAUACAAAUCCACUGAUUGACAAUCAAUCAGUUGAUUGUUGGUGUUUUUUUUUGGUUAAAUCACAUUUGUUUCUGUCCAUCUAAAAUUAUCCUGAUUGUGUUUUCUAAUUGAGUGAUAACAAUUUGACUAUUUAACAUUUCAUUCAUAUCGUAAGCAUCAUAAUCAUCAUGGUUUUAUCACCUAAGGAUACUGUCAGUUUGAUUGGAUUAUCAUCUCUAUCUAAUCCAAUAAAAGAGUCUAGGUCACUCUGUAAGGUUAAUAAUGGUGUUAAUCCAGUAAAUGAAAAUGUCUUUGUUUGUGGUUCACCAAAAUGCUCUUAUGAUUUAGUUGGAAAUCCUCCCUGGUGGAAUCGUCGGACUCGUAUGGAAAGGGGCUUAUGCACUGUCGCAAUUGUCUCGCUAGUCAUGUGUCUCUUUUUAUCUAUCGCAUUGGCUUUUGUCGCCUAUCAAUAUAACGUUAACUUAGUUCAUGGCCUUGGUAAUAGUGCAACCGCGGAUAAAUUAAUCGGAGCUGAAGAUAAUCAUCACGUUUUUAAUUCAAUUGAAGAAUCACAAUCACAACAAACUGUUUGCUUAACGAAAGGUUGUGUUGCUGCAGCCGCUGAUAUAAUUAGAAAUGUUGAUAACAAUAUUAAUCCUUGUGAUGAUUUUUACAAAUUUGCUUGUGGUGGUUGGCUUGAACGUCACACCAUCUCCGAGGACAGAACUUCCGUUUCCGUUUUCUCAGCAAUUCAGGAUGAUUUGAACAAUAAACUACGAGUUCUGGUUGAAAGUGAAGCUGAACCAAACGAGGCUCGUUUCUACACCAUGUUACGAAGCAUGUACAAGUCAUGUAUGAAUUUAACUGAAAUUGAACGAGUCGGUAAUGAACCUGUUCUUGAAACUUUGAAAUCUCUUGGUGGUUGGCCGGUUCUAGAACAAGGAAACUGGAACUCAUCAUCUUUUAAUUGGCUCGAUACUCUGAUUAAGUUCAGAAAAUCAGGUUUCAGUCAUGAUAUUUUAAUGGAUCUUUCAGUCAACACUGAUUAUCGUAAUAAUACUCGACAUGUCAUCGAUUUGGAUCAAGCUACUCUUGGAAUGCCCGAUCGUAGUUAUCUCCUUCGUGGUCUCAACGAUUCCGCUGUCCAAGGUUAUUAUAAAUUAAUGGUUGAAUCGGCUGUCAUGUUGGGUGCUGAUCGACAAAAGGCCGAAAAGGACAUGCUCGAAGCUCUUGCAUUCGAGACGAUUUUAGCAAACUUUUCAAUUCCUCGAGAGGAUCGACGAAACAUCAGUUUACUAUAUAAUUUAAUGACAGUCACAGAAAUUGAAUCAAUAUCUCCAAAUAUAAAUUGGUCUCGAUUCUUUAAUCACCUUCUCAAUGAUCCAAUCCCUCCAAAUGAACUUGUAUUGGUUAACGUUCCAACAUUUCUCAGAAAAUUGGACAAACUACUAAUCGAAACUGAUGGAAGAAUCAUUGCUAACUACAUGAUGUGGAGGAUUGUACUUCAAUGUUAUACCACUUUGGGUAAACGAUGGAGGGAAUUGGCUCAAGAAUAUAACAAAGUAAUCACUGGACAAGAUCGUGAAGAGCCUCGGUGGGAACAGUGUAUGUCAUCCUUGACAGGAUCUCUUGGAGUUGCUUUAUCAUCAUUAUAUGUUAAAAAUCAUUUCAAGGAAGGCAGUAAAUACAUGGCUCUGGAAAUGGUUAAUUAUAUUCACAAAGAGUUCCUUACAAUUCUUGAUGAAGUUGAUUGGAUGGAUGAAAAUACAACUCAAAGAGCUCGGGAUAAGGCAAAUGCUAUUGUUUCGUAUAUUGGUUAUCCUGAUGAGCUUUUAAACAACAGUAAAGUUGGCGAUUUGUAUACAAAUCUCACAUUAACGCAACAAAGUUACUUCACAAAUGUUCAAAAUCUUCGUAAAUGGUCAACCGAUUUCGCUUUCAAUAAACUUCGUAAGCCAAAUCUUAAAGGAGAGUGGACCAAACAUGCUCGAGCGGCAGUGGUCAAUGCUUAUUAUAAUGCUCUUGAAAAUAGUAUUGAAUUCCCUGCAGGGAUACUUCAAGGUUCAUUUUUCAGUAAAGAUCGACCCAACUACCUCAAUUUUGGUGCCAUUGGAUUCGUUAUUGGUCAUGAAAUUACUCACGGUUUCGAUGAUCGUGGACGACAGUUCGAUAAAGACGGAAACAACAAGAACUGGUGGGACCAUGUUACCGAUCAAAAGUUCAAAACUCGAACUCAAUGUAUUAUCGAUCAAUAUGGUAACUAUACUCUUCCCGAAAAUGGAAUGAGAGUUAAUGGUAUUAACACUCAAGGUGAAAACAUCGCUGAUAAUGGAGGUCUUAAGGAAGCCUUUAGGGCUUACCAAAAAUGGGUUAUAGAUCAUGGUAAAGAACCAUCGUUACCUGGUUUAAAUUAUUCAACUGACCAAUUGUUCUGGAUUAGUGCUGCUAAUGUUUGGUGUGGUAAAUAUCGUCCAGAAGUCCUUCGUCUUCGAGUAUCAUUAGGAUCUCACAGUCCAUCAAGAUUCAGAGUAAUUGGACCCAUGUCAAAUAUUGAUGAAUUUUCAAAGAGCUUUAAUUGUCCGGCUGGAACAGCGAUGAAUCCUCAUAAGAAGUGUCAUGUUUGGUAAUCACGUUGGAAACUUGAUCAGUUAAUCAAUUGAAUUCCAAGUGAUAUAAUUAUAAAUAUAAGUGAAAGAGCAAAUUAUCUUUCGAUUAAUUAAUAAUUAAUCGGUUAAUUAUAUAAAUAGAUUCUAAUCAAUCUGUAAGGAUAAUAAUUUCCUUUUACAAAUUGAGAGAAAUUAAGGAUUUAAAUUAAUAUCGAUCAUGGUAAAUUGUGGAUAAUCAAUGUUCAAUCAAGAUCGUUAAUCCAUCAAAAUUUAAUCCAAUUUGUUAAUUUCUCAACAUAAUCAACAUUUCCGCUUUUCUCAUCAACAAAUUCAUGAUUCAAAUUAUCAUCAUCAUUGAUCAUCGAUCAUCAAUUUCUUCAUCAUCUCAAUAUCAACAACAAUUAAAUCAUCAAGCACAAUGAGAGACAAUUAAGACUAAAAUCAAAUUAGAGAGAAAUUUAAAUUAACUUUUUUUUUCUUCUUUAUAUAUGUAAACAAUUAACAAUUAACUGUGGAUCUUUUUUUUCAACAACAACAACAACAAUUUAAUAUUUUAAUCACUUGACACUUACCAUUAAUUAUCAUAAUUUAAAUCAAUGUAAAUUGAAAGAUGAUAAACUUUUGUGAUUAACCAGAAAAACAUUUCAAGACGAGAAACUGUCAAGUUAAUUGUAACAAUUAAGGGACAACAACAAUGGCCAUUGGAAACAAUCAGAUGUGUUUAAUCAAAUCAAUUAAUUUUAAUCACAAUCUAAUGUAUCAAUUCAAUGACGGAAGCAAAUACAAUACAUAUACAAUUCCUAUUAUGUUAAUUAAUUAAUUGUGAUGAUUUAGACAAAGAAAUCAUCAAAUUUUUUAAAUCAUUUCGAUCCUUGUAAACCUUAUCAUCUUCAUCUUCAUCAUCUUCAUCCUCAUCUCUUUCUCUCUCUCUCACCUUUCCUUGUCUUCCAAGUCUUUCUUAAUAUUAACACUGUUGUCGAUCUUGAAAUAUAAUUAUAAUUAAUUAUCAUUCGCCUUUUAA